AUGAGCCGUUGGCUUCUCUUCUCGAUUGAUGAGAAGCUUCUCUACCAAAAUGUGACACUUCAUUCGGUGCUUAGACGCAUCGUUUGGUCAGUGAACCUGUUGUUUGAAGGGGUGUACCCUGCGAGCGGGCCUUUCGGAGAGGAAUUUGAUCCUAAACUUUCUGGGAAACCUAUAUGCGGAGGCAAGCGCUUCGCAGUGACGGAAUUGCGUGGCGACCAGCUCUGGCAUAAACAGGUGUGGCAGCACAAGGCAUCCUGGAAAGGGGGUGUUCAUGAGUCGGUAUGCUGUCAGUGUGAUGUGAGGAACCGAGGGCAUGAGGCUUAUUUCCGGAUCGAAGAUGGAGAUGAGAUUGGCCGUGAAUAUUCUCUUCUAGAUUUCAUUAACGAGCAACUCCCUCUGCGCAAUCCAUGCCCCUAUCUCGGCCUAUACGGAUUUCAUCAUCAGCUGAUAUCUUUCUGCACAAUGCACGCGAUUAAUCUCGGCCUAUUAUAUGGUAUGAACGGGUGCAGUUUGAUGGCUUUGCUGGAUAUGUCGUGGUUUGGCGAUAGCAAUCUCCCUUUGCAGAAAAGAUUGGACACAGCCUUCUUGGAUUUCAAAGCCUUUUGCAAAGCUCGACAAAUUAGCUGUUCCCAACCGCCAUUCUCUGUCAAGUUGAUCGUGAAAAAACACAAUGAAAUUCUGAUGACUGCGAAAGCCUACAACAAUCGCUGUAUCCUGGAGUGGCUUGCACAUGUUUUGGGGCAAGCGCGGGUGAACGCGGCAGAUGACAGGAUUUCCAUGAUGUUCUUGGCAAUGACAGAACAACAAUCCCGGGAGAUUUACUCUGAAGGGCUCACAUGCGUGAGAGCACAUGUGCUUCUGGCACAGAGGUACAACGUGGAGCUCGCCGUGACCAAGGUCUUUCUGGAGAAGAGUUACGAGGAAGCCUUGGUCCCCCCGACCUCCUACGACUUCAACGCCAUGCCCAACAAAAUAGCAUACCAAGUGCCACCUGAUCUGCGCCGGUCCAAAUCUUUGACCUUCCCCUUGAUGGCGGAAAACAACGCCCACAAGCGGCGCUUCGCUACCAAAUUGGCGUAUGAACUGCUCAAAAAGACGUGUUCCUUCACCCAGGGCAGAUCCGCCUGCAAAGUUUUUCUGAACAAAAACGUGGCGUUGAUUGAGAGCAGUUUGCUCCUCUUUGCCAUCGCAGCCUCCUGGGUCUCUGUGGCCCAGCUCGCACGUGCUGCUGAGGUAGAAACUCUUCAGCUGCAGCAUCACUCUGUGGUACCCUUGGUCACCUGGGCAAAUGCCACAGCAUGGCUGUUUUUAGCCUUGCCCUACAUGGCAAGGCGCGCCAAGCAGCGCAAAGACUUAGGAGAUGGAGCGAUGUCCUGUGAUCUCCUAAAGACGGAGGCCUUUCAGGCAUCGCAACCUCCUCGCUUUUUAUUUAUUGCGUUGACCACCAACUUCUCGUAUAUAGCAGCGUUACAUUAUCUUCCAGCUUCUCUGAACACGGCCAUUUUUAGUAGCAAUCCGGUCUUCACCUUAUUGCUGCAGAGCCUCUUCCUUCCAGAAGGGAGGCCAUUUGGACCAGCCGGCGACGUUUCGAGUCAGGUUUGCUCUUCCUUAUGGAGUGGCAAGGCGUUGAGUGUGACACUGUCGGUGGUGGGAGUGCUUCUCAUCACAGAGCCGUGGCAUGACUCAGGUGAUGGCCCAACUCGAAGUUCCAGGAUUUUAGGUGCAGCACUUUCCCUGUUUGCAGCACUUGGGACCUCCAUUUACCAGGUUUACUUCAAACGGACCUUUGGAGACCAGAUGAAACCCGAAGAGGCGAGCGGACGGAAAGCCCCGGAACUAGCCAUGGAGGUUUCUACAGUUAUGGCACUCUAA